UGGGAGGCGAUGAGAUUGGUGCCAGAUAAUUUUCUGUUUUCUCUACCUUUCUUGGUUUUGUUUCAUAUGAAUCUUCUGCAUCAAAAAGAAGAUACCUGAAAUAAACCCGUUCUUCCCCUUGUUGGUUUUAUUUAUCCGAUAGCUUCAACUCUUUCACUAAAGAUUUUGUAUUUUAUAAAGGAGAGAUGUUCUCAGAAAUCCCAAACCUGAGAAGAAACAAUGGCCUAAUCUGAAGCAGGAGAGGUGUGUCAAACAUGCUUAUCAUUCCAAACCUAUAAAGACGCCAACCUGUGCAUUGUUCAACCUCAUUUUGCGUGCAUGCAGUGUUGGAGUCAUCACCCUUUCGAUAUAUGACCACUGGAAACCUGCAACUCGAUAGCAAACUGGUGCCUAUUAAAGACUUUUAAGGAGAGAGAAGUUUGAAGGUGAUAUUUGGAGGAUUUUUGUAUUUUAAUCAUGUUUUCCCAGGCAGAGGAUGACCUUUCUUGUUCCGUCUGCCAAGAGAUCUUCAAGGACCCCGUUGUCCUCCAGUGCAGCCACAGCUUCUGCAGAGCCUGCCUGCAGUGUUGGUGGUCUGAGAAGCAGAUCUACACGUGUCCUCUUUGUAAGGACAUUUCUCCAUCCAGCGAUCCGCCUUGCAACCUGGUGCUGAAGAACCUGUGUGAGGGUUUCCUCCUGGAAAGAGAACAAAAAGCCCCCGCGGAGUCCGAGGAUCUCUGCCCCGAGCAUCAUGAGAAGCUCAGACUGUUUUGUCUGGAGCACCUGAAGCCCAUCUGCCUCGUCUGCCGGGACUCUAAUGCCCACAGAAACCACAGAUUUGUGCCCAUCAAUGAAGCUGUGCUCCAAUGCCGAGAGGAGCUCAAUGGCUACCUGAUGUUCUUAAAGGAAAAACUGGAUCUGUUUAACCGGGCUAAAGACAACAUGGAACAAACUGCAGGACACAUCAGGGUCCAGGCCGAGCGGACAGAAAAGCAGAUCAAAGAUCAGUUCAAGAAACGUUAUCUGUUUCUAAAGGAGGAGGAGGAGGCCAGGAUCUCCGCUCUGAGAGAGGAAGAGGAGCGGAAGAGGAAGGUGCUGGAGGAGAAAAUCCAGGCUCUGAAUUCACAGAUUUCAGCCAUGUCAGAAAUAAUCAGAACCACAGACGACAAGCUGGUGGCUCCAGACAUCUCAUUUCUUCUGAACUACCAGACAGUAAAGUUAGGAAUCCAACGGCGCCCCCUGCUGGAUCACACUAAGCCAGUAUCAGGAGUUCUGCUAGAUGAGGCCAAGCAUUUGGGCAACCUGGUGUAUGAUAUCUGGAUCCGGAUGAAGGCGAUGGUCUCUUUCUUCCCUGUCAUCAUGGAUCCAAACACAGCCCAUCCAAAACUUGUCUUCUCUGAUGAUCUGUCCUCCGUAACGUUUGGACCGACACAGAAGCUCCCUGACAACCCAGAGAGGUUCGAUCAUCACCUCUGUGCCCUGGGCUCAGAGGGCUUUGACUCAGGAACUCACCACUGGGAUGUGGAAGUUGGACGCAGUAAAUGUUGGGGCGUUGGAGUGAUAAAGGAGUCGGCUCAGAGGAAAGGCCAAAUACAGACGGGUUACUGGGAAGUUUGUCUCACUGAUGGGAACUAUGAAGCUUCCUCCUCGCCACAGCCAGGUAAAUCUCUGUCCGUGAAAAACCUCCAGAGAAUCAGAGUUCAGCUGGAUUUCAGCAAAGGGAGGCUUUCCUUCAUCGAUCUGGAUACGAACAAAGUCCUUCACACCUUCAGACAUUCCUUCAACAACAGACUCUUUCCUUACUUUGCCAACAGCGACGAGUCUGUCCUGAAGAUUUUACCGGCAGUUAUCUCUGCAGAGUAGCAUGCAGUCUGUCUGGCAGCAGCCUUCUUGUUUUGUU